AUGGAUAUUCUUCAACUAACAGAAUUAACAGAUGAUAUGAUGAAUUUAUCUCACGAUGACUUUUAUGUCUUCUUAGAAACUGCUCUGAAUAAAGAUUUAUGCGAGCUUUUUCGAUUACAAUCCAUUCGAGAUAUGUCUUCUUUAUCAUCCAUAACAGUAGAUGAAUUAACAGCAGUACUUAGUUAUGAUAUUGUGGAAUUAAGUUCUAUUAAAAGAAUACUUGGCUUUGUAUCAACUGAUGGGAAAUUUCAUCUUCGAAUUGGAUUUAGAGUUACACUUGAACGUUUAAUUUCAUUAGCAAAAUCUAAAACAAAUUCUUACGUAAAAAACUAUGAACUAAAACCUGACCAUUUGGAACAUGAUCUGCUAGGUAAACUAACAGAAAUGUGGAAACAAAGACGUAUGUCUUCCGAUAUGAGCGAUAUUCCUAUACUUAUUCCUUGGAUGAAAAAUACUUUUGAAAAUUUUAAAAAACAAAAGAAUAAAUUUGCUUAUGAUUAUCUUAUUCAACAAUUUGCCCUGUUAUUAUUUAUUCUUGGUGGUAGAAAUUGUUAUGAAUUUCUUCGAUUAAAUUUACCUGAUGCUUUACCUCAUGUAUCUAAUGUUGAAUUAUUGAUGAGAAACAAUGAAAAAAGAAUACUUGAAUGCGAAUUUCGUUUGCAACUGAUAAAAGAAUAUUGUCAAUCUAAUAAUUAUAAUUAUGUAUUUUCGUCCGAAGAUGCCACACAUUGUAUAUCUCGUAUUGAUUAUGAUGCACAAUCGGAUAGUUUUAUUGGUUUUUCUUCAUGUUUAGUCAAUGGAUUACCACAACCAAAUUUUUUCCAGACGAAUAAAUUCCAUGAAUUGAAAUUGUGGUUCGAUACAUUUGAUAAAUCGGCAUACAUUAAUCUACAUAUGAUACAGUCUGUAGCACCAUCGUCAUCUCCAUUCAUUUUAUCGACUUACGGAUCAAAUAAUAAGGCUACUGCAACUGAUGUUUUAAAAAAAUGGUUAUAUAUCUACAAUCAAUGUUUAUGUCAAGGUGUCCGGGCGAUAGGAUUCAGUAGUGAUUGUGACGCUCGUUAUCUUAGGGCAAUGCGAUUAUGUACUCGAUUUUUUGCACAACUACCUAAUUUAAAUCUUGUUAAACAAAAAAGAUAA